CUGCCCACCUCUGCUUCCUCCAGCAACACAGGAGUUCCAGAUCACACCAAGGCCGCCAUGAAUUCAUUCAGUGAAGCAAACACCCACUUCGCACUUGAUCUGUUCCAACAGUUCAAAAAAUCAGAGAAGGACAACAUCUUCUAUUCCCCUCUCAGCAUCACAUCAGCGUUAGCCAUGAUGUACUUAGGGGCCCAAGGAAACACUGCGCUCCAAAUGGGCAAGGUCCUUCACUUUAAUGAUGUCACAGACAACACAAGAGGAAGCCCUACAACAGCUCAGGUUGAAAAGUUGGGAAAUGUACAUCACCAAUUUCAAAAGCUUCUGACUGAGCUAAAGAAACCCACUGAUGCCUAUGAGCUGAGCAUCGCCAACAGGCUCUAUGGAGAAAAGAAGUUCCAGUUUCUUCAGGAAUACAUGGAUAAAGUUAAAAAAUUUUACCUCGCCAGCGUGGAAUCUGCUGAUUUUGGAAAUGCUGCAGAAGAAAGUCGUAAGAAGAUUAAUUCCUGGGUGGAAAGCCAAACAAAUGGAAAAAUCAAGGAUCUGUUUCCCGACGGCUCUCUCAGCUCCGCCAUUCUGGUUCUGGUGAACGCAGUCUAUUUCAAAGGGCAGUGGGACAAGAAAUUUGAUAAAAAAAGAACUGUGGAGGAAAAAUUUUGGCUGAACAAGGAUACCAGCAAAUCCGUGCAGAUGAUGAGACAAACCAGUUUCUUUAAUUUUACUGAAGUGGAGGACAUGCAGGCCAAGAUCCUGGAAGUGCCAUACAAUGGCAAAGAUCUAAGCAUGAUGUUGCUGCUGCCAAAUGAAGUGGAUGGUCUGAAGAAGCUUGAAGAUAAACUCACCACUGAGAAAUUAAUAGAGUGGACAAGCUCACAGAAUAUGAGAGAGAGCCUAGUGAAUUUACAUUUACCUCGGUUCAAAGUGGAAGAGAGCUAUGACCUCAAGGACACGAUGAUAUCCCUGGGGAUGCUGGAUGCCUUCAGUCCGCAGGACGCCGACUUCUCUGGCAUGACUGGGAGCCGGGGUCUCGUGGUGUCUAAAAUCCUACACAAGUCCUUUGUGGAGGUGAAUGAGGAGGGCACAGAGGCUGCAGCUGCUACUGGCAUAGUAACUAAACUUUCAUCACCGCCAAUUUACAGUUUCCACUGUGAUCACCCUUUCCUGUUCUUCAUCAAGCACAAUAAGACCAACAGCAUCCUCUUCUUGGGUAGAGUCUCUUCCCCUUAGAGGCAAUUAGCCUGUUACUAAUUUAGGGGCAAGUUCACAGUUGUUCCAGGGCACUGAUUGCUGGAAAUAACAGGUUCUCUUUAGUUCUUUUUCCUUUCCAAUCUCAUAGUCAUCACUGAGAAUGCAAUGGUUGGACUAACAUGUCUAUCUCUCCCUUUCUACUAACACAUAUAAAACCUACUUCAUUUCCCCGUGAUGAUUCCCUUUGGGACAAAAUGUUCAAGAUAAAGUAAAAGGAUAUUUCAACACUCUAACUUAUCCAAAUUUGAAAUGUCAUAUCUGCUAUUUCAAAAAUUACAACUACUAUUCAAACUUAUUAACCUAGACACCGAAAUUUAUUUGAUUUUGGUGAUAGCUGGGACCUUGAAUUUCCAAAUUUUUUGAUUUUAUGAAAGACAUUAUCAAUAAAACAAGGACAUUCAUACUA